CUCAAUUCAUUCUCCUCAACUCCCAUAACAUCCAUUCAAUCCAAUUCGAGGAUUUUUAUCCCUCCAUCUCCCUCUCCCACCCACCACAAUACCGUAGAAUCGAAUCAUCCUCAACGCGAGUUCCAACCAAAAGAAGCAGACAAUGCCCCCAAAACGACACGCAGCCUCAACAGACACCCCUACUCCCUCAACCACAACCACAGCACCAUCGACAACAACUUCCUCUGCAAAAUUAUCAUCAGGCCCUCCAGUCCUGAAAAAUAACUCAUCCGCAGCCGAAAUCGCCCAGCAUGUCUGGCACCAGUACCUGGCAUCGACGCCGCAGCGGACACUCCUUCUAGAUGCGUUUAUGGCGUUUUUAGUGCUGGUCGGUGGGAUACAGUUUGUUUAUUGUGUUCUUGUUGGAAACUACCCAUUCAACGCUUUCCUAAGUGGCUUCUCUGCUGCCGUCGGCCAAUUUGUUCUUACAGCCAGUUUGCGCAUGCAGACCUCUGCCCCUGCAGAGACUGGUUCUGGUCCGAAGGGGAAGGGUUCUUCUGCUGGUAAAUCUGGACAAUCGGAGGGUAAGGGGGUUUCUCAUGAGAGAGCAUUUGCGGAUUAUAUCUUCGGGAGCUUGAUUUUACACUUUUUCUGUGUCAAUUUUAUUAACUGAGAUGUCAAAGUCAUGCUAUGCUGCUUGCGGCUGGGCUCUUUCUUUUCUGUGUGUGGGUUGUGGUUAACCAUCCGAGGCCUUUCGAUUUGCUGGUCUAUUUGAUAAAAAAGGGCCAGGUGUACAAAAGCCAUUCCAUAUAAAAGGCAUACUUAUCUGUUACUGUUAUGGUUUAUGGCAGCAAUAUCC